GAGAAAACAUAACACAAAGUGUAUUGGUAGUUCGUAUUCACUCUUUGGAACGUUUUUGUUUUUCUUUAAGCCAAUGAAAAAGAGGUUGCCAUUGAUUCUCCUCCUUGCUUCACACUUGUUCGUAUCAGGAGUGUUUUCCACGAGUAUCCUUACCAUAGAGAACAAAUGUAGUAACACAAUUUGGCCAGUCAUCUUUUCAUGGCGGUCACAAGUCUCUACCACCGGCUUCACUCUCAAGACCGGAGAGGCGCGUGCCAUAGAAGCGCCAUCUUCAUGGUACGGUCUUAUCUCAGCUAGGACUCUUUGCUCCAACUCAACAGGAAAUUUCUCAUGCGCCACGGGAGACUGCGAAUCCGGUGAGAUCGAGUGUCCCGGCGCAUACAGUUGGUCUCCUGUGACUUACAUCGUAUUUAGAAUCGAUGAUGGCGGAAUCAACAGCUAUAUCAUCAGCCUCGAGUACGGUUACAACCUUCCACUAACGGUUGUUCCGUCAAGCCCGGCAUGUAGCAGCUCAGGUUGUAUGGUUGACUUGAAUAAGACAUGUCCAAAUGAUCUUAAGAAAUUCUCCAAGGGAGAUUUAGUCGCCUGCAAUAGCGCGUGUCAAGAAUCCAAAUCCCAGGAGAAUUGUUGCACACAUUACUUCAAGUCAAAGCAAACUUGUAAGCCGACACAGUACGUACAGAACUUCGACCGUGCUUGCCCAUUCGCCUAUAGCUACCCCUUCCACGGUAAUAACAGUACCUUCACAUGCACAAAUUCAACUGACUACAUGAUCACGUUUUGCCCCUCCUCCAUUCCCAACACCACCAGAAGCUCGAUGGCUCCAUUACCAGAACCAAAACAUAAUUCUCUACGGAAGUUAAAACCCAUACUUGGAGGCUCAGCAGCUUUAGCUGUGUUGAUCAUUCUUGUUGUGAUUGCGGCAGUAGUGAGAGCAAAGAAUGCGAAAAGAAAGAACGAAUUGAACGACGAGAACAUUGAAGCGGUUGUGAUGUUGAAACGUUAUAGCUUUGAAAAAGUCAAGAAGAUGACAAACUCGUUUGAUCAUGUUAUAGGGAAAGGAGGAUUUGGAACUGUCUAUAAAGGAAAACUACCGGAUGCUAGCGGCCGAGAUAUUGCACUGAAGAUCUUGAAAGAGUCAAAGGGGAAUGGAGAAGAGUUCAUCAAUGAACUAGUUAGCAUGAGUAGAGCUUCUCAUGUUAAUAUCGUUUCUCUGUUUGGAUUUUGCUAUGAAGGGAGCCAGAGAGCUAUUAUCUACGAGUUCAUGCCGAAUGGAUCGCUUGACAAGUUUAUAUCCGAGAAUAUGUCUACGAAGAUAGACUGGAAAACGUUAUACAACAUUGCCGUAGGUGUUGCUCGCGGGUUAGAGUACUUGCACAAUAGUUGUGUAUCCAAGAUUGUGCAUUUCGAUAUAAAGCCACAGAAUAUACUCAUAGACGAAGACUUUUGCCCGAAGAUUUCGGAUUUCGGUCUUGCUAAGUUGUGCAAAAAGAAAGAAAGUAUCAUAUCAAUGUUAGACGCGAGAGGGACAGUAGGCUACAUUGCUCCUGAAAUGUUUUCCAAGAACUAUGGAGGAGUUUCGCAUAAGUCGGAUGUGUAUAGUUAUGGAAUGGUGGUUCUUGAGAUGAUCGGGGCUACGAAAAGAGAAGAAGUUGAAACUUCUACGACCAACAAAAGUUCAAUGUACUUUCCAGAUUGGGUCUAUGAGGAUCUUGACAGGAAAGAAACCAUGAGACUAUUAGAAGAUCAUAGAAUCGAAGAUGAAGAAGAGAAGAUAGUGAAGAAAAUGACAUUAGUAGGUUUGUGGUGUAUACAGACCAAUCCAUUGGAUCGUCCACCAAUGAGAAAAGUUGUUGAAAUGUUAGAGGGAAGUCUAGAAGCUCUACAGGUCCCACCUAAGCCUCUCUUGAAUUUACAUGUAGUAACAGAUUGGGAAACUGCUGAAGAUAGUCAAGGUACUUCUACUCUCUCGACACAAAGCUUGUUAAACAGAAAAACUCUUUCGAAUCGCCACUAUACUCUAAGCGUUUCAAAAGAAGUGGCUUAAGAAAUUGUUGAAAGAGAAACAAGAUUGUUGUCAAAAUGUUCGGAUCUUCUUGUUGAUCCGAACAUAAACAGAUUAUUUUCUUAUGUAGUAAAUUACUGUAUAUAGUUUAGAUGCA